CAGCACAUCUUUGAAAACACAGUAGACCCAAACCUUCUCUCUUUUUCUCUCUCCUUCUAGAAACAUACAUACACAAACAUGUAAAUCUACCAUACACACUAUGUCGAAAGAAAACAGUAAAAGCUGUGCCCUAAUAAAAUCUGGAUCUAAAACUGGGCGGGUCUUUGGUUUUUUGGUUGUGAUGUUGAAGAUUUUGGUGGAUCUUUGAAAGGCAUUGGUGGGUCUGAGAUGGGAUCGAGCAGUAGCAAGCCCAAUGCUGCUGGCGAAUCGUCGUCGGCGUCGUCGUCAAGAAGUCGAUGCAAGGGAAGCGGAGUGUUUCAAUCUUCGUGUCUAUCUGGAUCCCACCACACUGACAAUGACGAUCAGAAUGAAGAACAUUCUUGUAAAGGGCCCAGUGAGAACCAGGUUAAACUACACUCAGACCAAGUUAAAGCUGAUUGUUACGGUAAAUUUCAAGCUGAGCAAUCUGAUGAAGCAGCCUGUAUGCCUUCCAACUCUGAUCUUCAUGAGUGGGGUCAAUCAAACCUCAUGGAUACUAUCCCCAGGGCUGGCAGUAGUUCUUCCCAAGCUUUCUCAAGUCGAUCAUUGCACCCUUCAAGUCGAUUCCUUUCUCGCUUCAACUUCAUUCCCGGGAAUGUAAGCUUCAGGCUAAGCAGGGCAACAAGUUUAGGGUCAUCCAGGCAGGGUUUAGACUACGAAGAUUUCGGUUCUCGCAACUUAGAGUCGCACCCUACUGCUACUGGAUUUUCUGAAAGUUUGCAAUGUGAUCAGAAUACCUCCGGCCUAAAUGUAGCCAGAGACAUCAAUAACGGAGUCGAACUCAAUUUUUUUAAUUCGCACUCUCCAAGAGUGCAAAAUGAUGUAGAGAGCAUGGAGACAAGAUUUCCUGAUAGGCGGAUUGUAGCUCGAGAACCUCUGGAAAGGAAUGUUCACUUUAGUAGAACCCGAAGUGUUGGAAGGCUUCGUGAACGAGUUAUUCGCAGAUCUUUUUUUCCUGACUUGACAUUUUCUCCUUUGCAACAAGAGAGCGAUGUGAGUGGUGCCAGUCAGCAUGGUGGGACAGAGGCAUUGGAUGGUGGGACAGGGGAUUUGGCAUCCAACGAGAAUGCUUUGAUCUCAUCCACUUCUUCAGUUUAUCCUUCUUCUGGUAUGUCUAACAGCUCAUCCAGUGGUCGAGCUUUUGAAGGGGAAACCUCACGUGUAAGAGAAGUCAGGUAUCAUGAUCUCUUGGAACAUAGAUCAAAUUUUCUUGAACGGAGAAGAAGAAUACGAUCUCAGGUUCGUGCACUUCAGCGGCUGGGUAGCCGGUUUGAGAACUUGUCUGGACAUGAGAGGUCUUGUAUCAUAUCUGGUCAAAAUCGGAGUGGUCGCUGCAGUUGUCGUAUUAGUACUCGAGAUGCUAAUUCAAAUGAUGACACCGGUGCUAGGGCUAGCAUAUCAAGAAUUGUCAUGUUAGCCGAAGCUUUGUUUGAGGUUCUGGAUGAAAUUCACCAGCAAUCUGUAGUUUUAUCUUAUCGACCUUCUGUGUCUUCAAUUGGUUCCGUUCCUGCACCAAAUGAAGUUGUGGAAUCCCUGCCUUUGAAGUUGUACAGUAAAUCUCGAAAUCAUCUGAAUGAGGAGGCUGCACAAUGCUACAUAUGCCUUGUUGAGUAUGAGGAAGGAGACAAUGUGAGGAUUCUACCUUGUCACCAUGAAUUUCACAGAACAUGUGUAGAUAAAUGGCUCAAAGAGAUUCACAGGGUAUGUCCACUUUGUCGAGGAGAUAUCUGCAGAACUGAUUUAGUGCCGGAUAGAUAAGGCAGUGAAUUGCAGUUGAUUUCUUGGCCCCUGGUGACCACCUGAACAUUAGGAACUGGAACCUUGGGUACAGUAAGAAGUUAUUUCCUUUACCAGCAUGGUUUGAGAAGUUCUUUUCUGCUGGUAUGGUUUUUCUUGCCUUGUUUAGUUCUUUGGUUGCACGAUGAAAACAUUAAAUGAACUGGUACAAAUGGUCUGAACUGUUCAUUUCAUGAUUCUUCCUCCUUCCAGAAUCUUGAAAGCUGCAAACACACACAUACACAAUAGAGAGUGACACAAUGUUGUGAAAAUUGUCAUCAGACAUGUCUUUGUGUAAUUCAAAAUUCCUAUCUGGGUUCCUACACGCACCUUGGUGUUAGAUAUUUUAUGCUACCCAUUGAACCAGCUUUGCUAUUCUAUCA